AAGAUACUGGUUUCCUUCGCUGGAGACGCGCUGACCGUGAGCCCCGCCGACAGCGAGCCCGGAGCUGAGCCUGGUGCCCCGCGGGAGUCCGAGCCCUCGCAGCUCAACGGGGCCGCCGAGCCCGGUGCGGCGCCCCCGCAGCUGCCCGAGGCUCUGCUGCUCCAGCGGCGCCGCGUGACGGUGCGCAAGGCCGAUGCCGGCGGGCUGGGUAUCAGCAUCAAAGGUGGUCGGGAGAACAAGAUGCCUAUUCUCAUUUCCAAGAUCUUCAAAGGCCUGGCAGCCGACCAGACAGAGGCUCUGUUUGUGGGGGAUGCCAUCUUAUCUGUGAAUGGAGAAGACCUGUCCUCUGCUACCCAUGAUGAGGCUGUUCAGGCCCUCAAGAAGACAGGCAAGGAGGUGGUGCUAGAGGUCAAGUACAUGAAAGAAAUCUCACCAUAUUUCAAGAAUUCUGUUGGUGGGACUUCGGUUGGCUGGGACUCGCCUCCUGCCUCACCUCUUCAGCGGCAGCCUUCCUCCCCUGGUCCCCCACUCCGGAACCUCAGUGAUGCCAAACACGUGUCCUUGAAAAUGGCAUAUGUCUCAAAGAGGUGCACCCCAACUGACCCAGAGCCCAGGUAUCUGGAGAUCUGCUCAGCUGAUGGCCAAGAGACGUUCCUCCUGAGGGCCAAGGAUGAAGCCAGUGCCCAGUCAUGGGCUGCUGCCAUCCAAGCUCAGAUCAACACUCUGAUGCCCUGGGUGAAGGAUGAGCUGCAGGCACUGCUGGCAGCCACCAGCACAGCGGGGAGCCAGGAUAUUAAGCAGAUCGGCUGGCUGACUGAACAGCUGUCUAGUGGGACCACAGCACCCACCCUGGCCCUGCUGACUGACAAGGAGCUGCUUCUCUACUCCAGCCUCCCUCAGACUCGGGAGGCCCUGAGCCGGCCAGCCCGUACUGCUCCACUUAUUGCCACCAGGCUGGUGCACUCUGGCCCCUCCAAAGGCUCUGUGCCCUAUGACACAGAGCUCUCUUUUGUCCUGCGCACGGGCACACGGCACGGUGUGGACACUCAUCUGUUCAGCGUGGAGUCACCACAGGAGCUGGCUGCCUGGACCCGCCAGUUGGUGGAUGGCUGUCACCGGGCCGCAGAGGGGGUACAGGAGGUGUCUACAGCCUGCACGUGGAACGGCCGUCCCUGCAGCCUCUCUGUGCACAUCGACAAGGGCUUCACGCUAUGGGCAGCUGAACCAGGUGUGGCCCGAGUGGUGCUGCUCCGGCAACCCUUUGAGAAACUGCAGAUGUCCUCGGAUGAUGGCACCAGCCUCCUUUUCCUGGACUUUGGGGGUGCAGAGGGCGAGAUUCAGCUGGACCUGCACUCCUGUCCCAAAACCAUGGUCUUCAUCAUUCACUCCUUCCUCUCGGCCAAAGUCACCCGCCUGGGGCUCUUGGCCUAGAAGUCACCAGUUGCACCAGCUUUGAGGAGUGACCACCACAGAGCCGGACCUGGCCCUCCACCGACUGCCUGCUCACUGCUGGGCUGAGAGAAAGGAGAGGAGAGGAAUGAGCCGCAAAGACCCAGCCUGAGGGAGGCAGGGUUGGAUGGUCUCAGGGACCCGGAUCCAGACCCAGGACACAGUGGUCCCUGUCUUCUGACCUGUGAUGGGGCAGCCUCCCUGCUGCCUCCCUCCCCAACAGUGCCUUUUGCAGAGAGAUAUUUUGUGUAUACAGAAGCCAUUCCGAACCUGGGACCUGCCCUCGUGGGGGGAUCCGACCCCAGCCAACAGCUGCCAGACCCCCCAGAGGCCCCUAAGCCAUCCCCAGAAGGCCCCUUUGAAGCUGGGGUCCCCUGGGGUCAGCAGGAAGAGAUAUAGGAGGAGCCUUUCUGUUCAUUUCCCCCCUUUAGCCCCACCACCUAGGGGUAUAUGUUUUUGUUUUCUCUUCUCUUUCCUCCUUCCUCUUGGAUGAAUAAACAGCCUGUGAAUACACAGGCAGCC